AUGGAAGCCACGAUUGUGUCUCCGCAGACGACGUUGUCGCCCGAUCGCUCGCGUCAGAGAGCUAUCCAGCAUGGCACGGCGCCUGGAAAGGCGCACCUCAAGAAGUACACUUUCACCAUGGGUCGCCCGCCGUGGUACUCGGACGCGGAGGACGGUCGGCGCCUGCAGUCGCUCGUCAUUGGCGUCGCCGGAGGUACGGCCUCUGGCAAGAGCUCCGUGUGCCGCGAGAUCGUCAGUCGCCUGCGAGUGCAGUGGGUGGCCCAUCUGUCCCUGGACUACUUCUACCGCAGCCUUUUGCCCACGGAGGACCCCAAGACCUAUAACUUUGACCACCCUGAGGCCUUCGAUUGGGAAUUGGUGAAGGAGACGCUGCGCCAGCUCAAGGAGGGCAAGAAGGUGGACGUGCCCACCUACGACUUUAAGACCCACAAGCGGACCAACGUGACCAAGACCCUCUACGGCGCCGACGUCAUCCUGUUCGAGGGCAUCUUAUCCUUCCACGAGAAGGACGUGCGCGAUUUGAUGGACAUCAAGAUCUUCGUCGACGAGGACGCCGACAUCAGGUUGUCCAGGAGAAUCCGUAGAGAUAUUGCCGAGAGGGGGCGAGAUGUGAUGGGCGUCAUCCAGCAGUACGAACGAUUCGUCAAGCCCGCCCACGAGGACUUUGUCAAGCCGACCAUGCAAUGGGCGGACCUGAUCAUUCCCAAGGGCAUCAAGAACGAGGUCGCCAUCAACAUCAUCUGUAAGCACAUUGAACUCACUCUCCGGGAGCGCGGAUUCGAUCCCAAGCUGAGCCGCAAGUUGCCCCACUGGACGACGAUCCCGGCCAACAUUCACAUCAUGGAGCAGACCGAGCACCUGCGCGCGCUGCACACCAUCAUCAGAGACAAGGCCACUCCCCUCGGAGACUUUGUCUUCUUCUCCAACCGUCUCUCUCGAUUGGUAAUUGAGGAAGUGCUCAAUCAAUUGCCGGUCGUCUACGACGAGAAGGUGGUCUCCACGCCCGUGCCGGGCCAGGAGUACCAGGGCUACGACAUCCGAAACAUCACCAGCAAGGUGGCCUUCAUCUCGGUCAUGCGAGCCGGCGAGGCCAUGGAGGAGGCGGUCCGCGAGGUGCUCAUCGGUGCUCCCAUCGGCAAGAUCCUCAUCCAGUCGCACGGCCAGAAGAGGCCCGAGCUCUUCUACUACAAGAUGCCGCGUAAGCUGAGCGAGUGCAAGGUCAUCGUGAUGGACCCCAUGCUCGCCACCGGCGAGUCGCUCAAGAUGGCGAUUCGGGUGAUUCUCGACCACAACGUGCCGGAGGAGAACAUCCUGGUGGCCACCCUCAUCGCCUCGCCCCAGGGCCUCCACUCCCUCUCCUACUCGUUCCCCAAGGUGCAGAUCGUGACGAGCGCGAUGGACACGGACCUCAACGAGAAGUUCUACAUCAUGCCCGGCAUCGGCAACUUCGGCGAUCGCUACUUCGGCACCACCACCAGCACCGCUUGA